AUGUCUCCCAACGGUGACGCAUUCCUCCUCAAGCCGGACGCUCCCGAGGGCGCUACCCGAUUCCCGCAAGCCCGCUUCGCACCAGCCACUUCUCAUCGCACCCUCUACGUUUCUGGCACCGCCUGCGUCACCCCCGACGGCCACUGGCCCGGCGUCACUGACAAUGCAGACGGCACGCGCACUCUAGACGUCGGCAUCCAAACCGCGGCCGUUCUCCAAAACAUUGACAACAUCAUCAAGGGCGCGACCAACGGCAAGGGCGGCGUCCAGAACCUCGUCGACUCGGUGGUCUACGUCUUGGAUAUGAAGACGCACUAUGCUGGCAUGAACGAGGAGUGGAACAAGGUCUUUACAACGCGCGCGUCGGCCCCGGCACGGGCUACUAUUGCGGUCAAGGAGCUGCCGGACCCGCGCAUGGUUGUAGAGAUUAAGGCGACUGCUGUAGUUGAGGCAUAA